AUGGUUCUUGAAUGCUCUCCUGGUGGACAUCAGAUCCUGCAGAGCCCUUACCGAAGCGUUGAUUUUGAUUCAUCCCACCUCCAGCAAUCAGCUAUUCAGGAUUUAAUAUGUGACCAUUCCCUAACACCAGGAUGGUAUCGCUUUAUGAUUUUUGAUAAGCCUGCUGAGAUGCCGACCAAGUGCGUGGAGAUGAAUCACUGUGGUACUCAAGCCCCUGUCUGGUUGUCUCUGAGGGAGUCAGAAUCCAUGCCUCGACCCGGUGAGAUCAAACAGUUAACAGCUUGUGCUACAUGGCAGUUUUUCUUCAGCACUUCAAAAGACUGCUGUCUUUUCCGAAUCCCUGUCAGUGUGAGGAACUGUGGAGAUUUCUUUGUUUACUUACUGCAGCCCACCCAAGGAUGCAUGGGGUAUUGUGCAGAAGGUAACCUGGCUCCUUCAUCAUCUCCAUCUGUGUCACCACCACUGCCAGCCAUUCCUGAAGUUGUAGCAGAGUUGAUCAAAGGCAGCGUUUACCUAAGGUGUACCUUUGGCGUUCCUUUUGCAAACAGCUCAGUCGGAUUCAUUGUAACUUGGUCAAGACUUUCUCCUGAAGGUAUCAAAGAAGAACUGAAACAUGAAACAGCGGUUCAUGCGUUCUCACUUCUAGAACUAGAUGGGAUAAACGUCAGACUUGGAGACAGAGUCUACUGUAGCAGUUCUGCUUUUGUCAUGGAGAAGCUGGACAUACAAAGCUCUUCUGUUGAGAGCAAGGAAUUUUUUGCUGGCAUUAAGAUACAUCCAGAAACGUAUGAUAUAUCAGAAGAUGGGAAGGAAUACAGACUGGCAAUAGAAAGUAGCAUUCCUAUUCCUUGUCCUGAGUUUAGCCAGCUUGAAAGUGACUGCAAAAUCUCACUAACAUUAAAUACUGUUGAUGAGGGUAAAGAGCAGUUAGGUUUAAACUUGGCUCUUUCUUCUUGUCAUGUGGAUCUUCUCCAGAAACCCUGCAAUAACGGAAUCUGUAGUCAAGCUGUAAUUUAUUUCACUGCUGUGACAGACUUUAUGCAGGAUGGAGACAGAAUUACCAGAAUUGCAGUCGAACCUAUAUCCAGUGAGAAUUUCCUGUGGAAUGGCUAUGUUCCAGAAAGCACACAGAUUACAGUAAAGGAUCUACCCACUGCCUACUGCUACUCAUUUACUGAUCCUCAUAUAAUUACGUUUGAUGGAAGACUCUAUGACAAUUUUAAAACGGGAACAUUUGUCCUCUAUAAGAGUACGUCUCGAGAUUUUGAAGUUCACGUUCGCCAGUGGGACUGUGGAAGUCUUCACUACCCAGCAUCCUGUAACUGUGGCUUUGUUGCCAAAGAAGGAAGUGAUAUAAUUGCGUUUGACAUGUGCAGUGGUCAGCUACAUGAGUCACAGCCACACUUAUCUGUAAUAAAUAGAGACACAACAGGAAACAAUGUCAGAAUCACCGAAUCCUACCUAGGAAGAAAAGUAACAGUUUUGUUUUCUUCUGGAGCUUUCGUUCGUGCUGAUGUGAGUGAAUGGGGAAUGAGCAUAACACUUAGGGCACCGAGUUCAGAUUACAGACAUACAGUGGGACUCUGUGGCACCUUUGACGGAAGUGCAGAGAAUGACUAUCACACUGCAAGUGGGGUGGAAAUCCCAAACCAUGCUAAUGUUCCUUUUUCUUUUAUUAAGGAAUGGAGAAUUUCACCAGGAGAUAGCUUGUUUGACAAGACACCCGCUUCUUUAACAUCUUCUAGAAAAAUAGUCUUCUGUGACUGCGCACUUGAAGAUGCUGGACUAUAUCGAUCCAUGAAUAAACUAGAGACAGUUUCUCAGUCAGAACUUCCUCUGUCUUGUAAAGAAGGUGCAAAUGGUAGAUUUCUUUCUUUGAUACCAGGACUGGAUGUCACUGCUGAGUAUCUCGGUCCUGUUGAUCUUGUCAGAGGCUUAAAGAAACGUUCGUCUGCACUUGAAAUGAAUUCUUCUACACCUCUGCAGAGGGAGGAUAAUCAAACCAAACUUCACAAAACGUCACAACUAAACACGCGUGUCUCUCCAACCUCAGUGGGAAAUACUGGCAUAGAAAGAGAAGGAACUUCAAGCUCAGACACUAGAAGAAAUUCUCACCGUUACAGUAGUCAUCUUCACAAAAGUCAAUCUGUUACAAGUAGGGGGAAGCGCCAAAAUUAUUACGAAUACCAUCCAGUAUUUCUGUUCCAAAGUCUUAGCCAAACAGACUUAGCGGGAUAUAGUUAUUUUUUCCCAGAGGACCACGCCACUGACACAGACCAAAAGUUUCUUCCUUCUUGGCCCACACCUUCUGGCCUCACCGAGUCUAGCGCUUUGUUACUAUGCCAGCAGGCAAUAGCUAAUUCCAGUAUAGGAAGAUCUUGUGGUGGCCUUCUUGGCCAGCGAAUAGAGCAUGCGAUCAGUAUGUGUGUUAAAGAUUUGCUGCUGAAAGAUGACCUCGGUUGGGCAGAAGCUUCCUUAGCUCUUCUAGAGAAUGAGUGUGAGAAAAGAGUUUUAGAAGAAAGAAAUUACAACCGACAGGAACUUGAAGGGUCGGUUGAGAGCCUGCUUAUUGCAUUGAAGUGUCCCAGUCUCUGCAGUGGUAAUGGGGAAUGUACAGAAUGGGGCUGUGCAUGUUUCCAAGGCUACAGCUCAUAUGACUGCAGCAUACUGUCUGACCAGGCUCCAGAAAUUACAGAGCUGGAGAAUGCUGGGCUGUGCGAUAUUCGACAGUAUGACUGCACAUCAGUGAGAGCUUUCGGACAUGGCUUCAGGGAGUCAUUGACUCUGAAAUGUGAAAUUAUCAAAUUACAGUAUAGUGAUAGACGAUGGAUUCCCGGAGAACCUCUAACUAUGCCAGCUGCCUUCCAAAAUGCCAGGACUGUCGACUGCCAGUUACCAAAUGAUGGCCAGCAGUCUGAUGUCAUGGAUCUGGUUGAUGAUAAACCCAUUGCCAGGUGGCAAAUAAAGAUUUCUAAUGAUGGAUUCAUUUAUAGCAACUCUAAAACAAUGAUACUAUACGAUGGAGCCUGUCAGACAUGUGAACCACAAGAAUCUGGGUUAUGUACGUUAAAGGAGAAAACAUGCAACAUAGAUGGACUCUGUUACGGUGAAGGUGACACAAAUCCAACCAGCCCUUGCUUACUCUGCAGACCUGACAUAUCAAAGUUAACUUGGUCAGUUGUUGAAAACAACCAGCCUCCAGUGCUUGAAACAUUUCAGGGUAUGCUACAGACUUUUUAUGGAGAAGAUUUUGUAUAUCAGUUUUUGGCUUCAGAUCCAGAGGGCUCUGCUGUUCAUUUCACAUUGGAUUCUGGUCCAGAAGGUGCCAGUCUUUCCCCAUCAGGUCUCCUUCUGUGGAAAGCUGUGUCAAUGAAUCUCCAUAAAUUAACAUUUUCUUUGACAGAUGACUGCAAUGCAAAGACUAAGGUAGAAAUAGAGGUCAGUGUAAAAUCGUGUGAUUGCCUAAAUAAUGGCUCAUGUGUGACAAACAUUAAUUUCCCACCUGGAAGUGGAAGAUAUCUUUGUGUGUGUGUGGCUGGAUUUGAAGGUGAUCUCUGUCAAGUGAAUACUGAUGACUGUAAACUUAACCAGUGUGGUAUUGGCAGAUGUGUGGAUGGAAUAAACAGCUAUUACUGUGAAUGUCCACCUGAACUUCAAGCAAGAUGUAGACAAACAUGUGGCAAAAAUAUGGAGUGUGUGGCACCCAAUACUUGCAAAUGCAAGCCUGGUUAUGCUGGUUAUAACUGUCAGGCUGCUGUAUGCAGACCUGAUUGCAAAAACCAUGGGAAGUGCAUUAAGCCCAAUGUCUGUGAAUGUCUACCAGGAUACAGUGGCUCCGCUUGUGAGGAAGCACAUUGUAAACCACCCUGUCAAAAUGGAGGCACAUGCUUGGCCAGAAAUCUCUGCACCUGCCCAUAUGGUUUUGUGGGACCAAGAUGUGAUACAAUGGUUUGCAACAGACACUGUGAAAAUGGUGGUGAAUGUCUUACUCCAGACAUCUGCCAGUGUAAACCUGGGUGGUACGGACCUACAUGCAGUACAGCAAUGUGUGACCCUGUCUGUCUCAAUGGUGGUUCCUGUACUAAGCCAGAUGUUUGCCUCUGUCCACAUGGAUUCUUUGGUGCCCAGUGUCAGAAUGCUGUCUGCAGCCCGCCUUGUAAGAAUGGUGGUCACUGCAUGAGAAAUAAUGUCUGUACUUGUCCUGAUGGGUACACAGGCAGAAGAUGUGAAAAAAGUGUCUGUGAACCAAGGUGCAUGAAUGGAGGAAGGUGUGUAGGACCAAAUAUUUGCUCUUGUCCUUCAGGAUGGAGAGGAAAAAGAUGCAACACUCCAAUCUGUCUUCAGGAAUGUAAGAACGGUGGGGAGUGUAUUGGACCGAGUACGUGUCAUUGUCCUCCACAGUGGGAAGGAAUCCAGUGUCAAACACCUGUGUGCAACCAGAAGUGUCUGUUUGGAGGCAAGUGUGUAUUACCUAACGUAUGCUCUUGUCGUCCUGGUUAUACUGGAGUCCUCUGUGGGAAGAAAAUUCAGGUACAUGUAGAGUCAAGACAUCAUCACAGAUACAGCAAUUUGGGAGUCAUUAUCUAG